GAGUCCGAAUGCAAACCACAAAGAGAUUGUACGAAAAAAUUCCUGAAAAUAUACAGGUAAGUAUGGCUUUAUUUCUUUCUGCUGAUAUCCAUCAAGGCGAUGAACUUUUUAGUAAUCAUUCUAGAGGCAAGCAAUGUGCUUUUAUGAGUUUAUCGGCGCUUCUUACAGCCCGAAAUUUCCCCUUAUCGUCGUGGUCAAAAAUUACAUUUUGUAAUGUCUUAUUACAAGGAGACAAAAUGUACCUAAAAGCGCUGAAUAGUGGCUUUAUAAUGUUAGAAUCGGAUGAAGAUUUUUUGUAAGUGGAAAAUUUACCGAUAUUUGUGAAUGUUUCAUAUUGCAUGAAUAUGCCAAAUGACUUUUCGUACGAUUUAUGUCGAUCAAAUCACACCAUAUCGCCUGGCCAUGUACACGAAAAAACUACAUCACCUGUGACGGUGGCAAACAUUGAGGCACAAAAUAUUGUUGACCCACCUAUUGUGGUGGAGCCCAUUGAGGCACAAAGUAAUAUUGAUCUACCCAUUGUGGUGGAGCCCAUUGAGGCACAAAGUAAUAUUGAUCUACCCAUUGUGGUGGAGCCCAUUGAGGCACAAAGUAAUAUUGAUCUACCCAUUGUGGUGGAGCCCGUUGAGGCACAAAGUACUAUUGAUCCACCCAUUGUGGUGGAGCCCGUUGAGGCACAAAAUGAAAACAAAAUUUGUUUCAUAACAUAUGGAACAGAAAUUCAAGGUCUUGUUAUAACAGAUUGAGAAAUUGAGUGCCACUACUAUGACAUUCACACUGCAUUGUUGAAUAUAUUUUCAGAUGAAAGUUAUGCUAUUAUUAUAUUAGAAGGUUAUAUGAUGGCCUUGAUUAAGGAAACAGAUGAUUUUUAUCUUAUUGACUCGCAUGCUAGAGAUUCUAGUGGCAUGCCUGAUCCUAAUGGCACUGCUGUUGUCAUGAAAUUUUAUAAUAUUCUGGAAUUAGAGCAAUAUUUGUAUUGUCUAUCACUUGGACUAAAUGCCAACUUAUUUGAAAUUGUACCAGUGCAAUUCAGUAUGUGUAAAAUGCCUGAUCAAAACAAUAAAUGUGUAAAAGAUCGAGAAUACCAGAAAAUGAAACGUUCAGUAGAAACUGAUCAUGAUAAACAAGCUAGACUUAACAAAGUUAAUGAGUAUAAUAAAAGAAAGCAGUCUCAUGAAACUGCUUGUGAGAAACAAUUAAGGCUUCAAAAAGCUAAUGAGUAUAAAAAAAGAAAACAGUCAGAGGAAACUGACAGUGAGCGAAAAACAAGACUUCAAAAAGAAAAGGAGUCUAAGAUGAGAAAGCUGUCUGAGGAAACUAAUAGUGAAAGAAAAGUGAGACUUGAGAAAGAAAACGAGUGUAAAAAAAGGAGGCGGUCAGAAGAAACUGACAGGGAAAGGCAAAUAAGACUUGACAAAGACAGAUUAUCUAAAAAACAAAAGCGGGCAAAGCCGCAACACAGAAUAAAUCAAGAGGAUUACCUAAAUUUGUUUGAUAUCAGCAAUAAUGGUAGAAUUGGGGAGCAAUGUUGGGCAAAAGCUAAUAUAAACAAGUUUCAUAAGUCAAUGCAAUACACUGUUGCUCAGUGUACAGUUUGCCAUGAGGCAUGGCCAAUGAAAUCUAAACCUAAUUCACCAUAUGUGUGUUCACGAUGCUUUAGAGAUAAAAAAUCUCCUAAAAAAUUUUCUUGUGAAAACUUGAUGAUACCUUCUUAUGUUCCAGAUGAAUUACAAAAUUUAACUCAGGUUGAGGAAAUGUUAAUUGCUCGUGCUUUGCCAAUCAUGAGAGUGUAUGUUAAACCUGGUGGUCAACGAGAUGGGAAAGGUGAUCCUACUAAUCAAGGACUUCUACGAGAUGUCCCUCUUCAGGAGCGAAUAAAGCAUCUUUUAAAAUUUGCUGAAAAUAUUGAUGGCAAAUGGGUCUACCGUUUUGCAAACCAUCCCAGAUUCUCUUACUGGGCUUUCAAUAUGAUUCAAAGAAAACGAAUCUUACAGCAAAGUGGAAUAUUCCUAAAACAAAACCCAGGUGAAGCACAUCUUACCAUUGAUGAACUGCGAGAAAUGGCUGUGAAUAACAAUGCUAACGUGUUUAUGUCUAAAGUAUCUAGAUAUGUUGGCAAUAUUGCUGGUACUAAUUCUUAUUGGAAUAGAGUAAGAGAUGAACUCAAAGCUAUAAUAACUAAUGUUGGAGCACCAACAUUAUUUUUCACUUUUUCUUCUGCAGACAUGCAUUGGCCUGAGUUACAUGCUCUAUUUAAUGCAGGUACUGAUUGUCAAACUGGUAAUUCUACCAGUCAGGUCAGACGACAAAAUGUCAUAAAUAAUCCACAUCUUGUAGACUGGUUCUUUACCCAGAGAUUGGAAAGCUUUGUAAAACAUUGGCUUUAUGAAAAACUUGGUGCAAAAUGGCACUGGUUUAGGUACGAAUACCAAGGUAGAGGUAGUAUUCAUUGUCAUGGUACUGCUAAACUAAAUAAUGAUCCAGGUUUGCGUAAACUUACUCAAACUGCUUUGAAAGGUUACUUAGCUAAAAAAUUUAAGGAUGAAAAUGAUUGUUCUGACACAACUGAACUAGAUCAAGAUAUAGAAGCUGGUCAGAAAGCAGCUGAAACAGUAAUUCAGUAUGUUGACUGGUUACUAUCAACCGUGAAUCCUAAUCCACCAGAUGAGGACAUGUGGAUAAGACCUGAGGUUCAUCCAUGUCAAAGAAGUCAUCUGGACAUUCCUAAUCAUGAAAAACCAUCAGAUUAUGUAGAUCUAUUAAAUAUGGUUCAACGACACACUCGUUGUAGUACUAGCUAUUGUCUAAGAAAAAAAUCAAAUGAGACUGAAUUGAAAUGUAGAUUUCAUUUCCCAUUUGAUAAUUGUCCACAGACAAAGUUAGAAUUUGAAAAAAUCCACACUUCAGGUGAUAAUGAACACUAUAGAGCUAAGAUAGUGACUAAACGAAAUGAUGCUAGGUUAAAUAACCACCAACAACUUCAACUCCAGGGAUGGAGAGCUAACUGUGAUAUUCAGGUAGUUAUUGAUCACUAUGCUUGUGUUGAAUAUUUCACAAAAUAUGCAGCCAAAGGUGAACCAAGGUCACCUCUAUUAAAACAAGCAUUUAACUCUAUUAUGCAAAAUGUUGACAGUAAUACUGACCCUCGCAGAGCUAUUAAGAAGGUAGUUAUGAGAUCUCUUGGUGAACGAGAUUAUGCUGCUCAGGAGACAAUGCAGUCUUUAAAGCUUCAUAGCUCAUCAUUUAAUGUGAUACCCAGGGCUCAAAAUAACGGCCGGUCAACGGACAAUGACCGGCCAAGAAUGCUUGUUGACCGGUCACUGUCUUACUAUGCCGGUCAUUUUGACCGGCCAAGUUUUCACGUCUUUCGGAAAAAUUAACUAAUCAGUGUUCUUUUCGGUGCUG